UGCCAAACACACGAAAACAGUCUAAUCAAACAUCAACCAGUGGCUUCAUCAUUGCUUUUCCAUCCUUUCCGAAUACCGAUUAAACUACAAUAUUACAAUUGUAUUUGCCAUGUACACGACCAAUUCCCUUUGUAGCAGAAAAUAUUACAACAGAUGGCAAACCUAAUAUAUACACGAAAGAGUUUCAAAGUCCCUCUUGGAUACAUUGACUUCUAAACAGUAAAUGUCCAAUAUCUUAUCAGUUUUUAAUCCACCUCCCUCAAGGGAUUUAUCAGAUGCAGAACUAGGAAAAGCAUGUCUUCCCUGCACGGCCAUCCAAUCAUUUGUCGCUAUGGCAGGUGGGGCAUAUUUGAAUUCACCAAAUCAGUUCAAGGAUAAGGCCGGGAAAAUCGAUUUCGUUAAACAUCCAUUAUGGUGGCAAAGAUCAGUGAGAGGUGCAGGGAUUGUAUUGUUUGGGUUUGGAGCCUACCGAGCUGGAGAAGUUAUUCAAAUCUUAUUAGAAGAUAGAUUUGAAUAAAGUGUUGGUGCCAUCAAUGCAGAUACAUGCAUAGAAUGUCGAAUAUAGGGUUUAAAUUAUUUUUUUAAAUCCUUGUUUGUAUAUAGUUAUGAUCUUUUAAAGGUGUGAUAUAGUGCUUACAUCUUGGUCACUAGAUGAUAUAUCUUGUAUAUAGGUCAAAAUAGACAAUCGGAAUCAAUAGAAUAUUGAAUUUUCAUGCUUAAAUUAUUAUUAGAACGAAUUUCAUUGUAAGGAAUUCUAGAAGAUAACUAUCAGGCAACAUGGAAAUUACCAGACAAUAUAAACCUGUAAUUAUGCCCUGUUUUAGGUGCACUAUGGUUAGUACGCAAUAUUACACAAAAUGAAAAACAUUCAGAUAUGGAACAUAAAGUACACCUAGUGUUCAACGAGAACCAAAAAAAGGCUUGGCUUUAGUAUAUAUCGAUCAAAUAAUGUUAAAAAAAAUAGCAUCUGAUAUUGUGAAGACCAAUAUUACACUAGGUGCAGGCGAAGCAUAUUUAGUAACAAUGACGUGAUUUGAAGGCCCAGAUUUGAAAAAUAGGAUGUGACAUGGGAUUAGCGCCUAACAGAUAGCCAUGCUUCGAACUGCCCAACGUGGAUCUUGGAUUAGAAGCUGUGCUUCUUGAUUUUAUUGUUGACGUGAAGACGGUAAAAAUUACAAACCAUAUUGUUCUUUUUUUUGGGUAUUUUAAUAACGGAAAACUUUUCCACCUUUAGAUGGUAAGAAUAAGCGAAGAAUUGUAAUCAAAGCUAGUAAUUAUACCAAUAUUAUAAUUAGAAGAAAACCCAACCCAUUGUAAUUAAAUGAAGUACACGUAUUUGCAAUGACAAGAGAAGAUAAAUUUUUCACUGCAUGCGAUAUCCAAGAACAAAAUAAAAAGCUUCACCACUCUAAAGAUCCCCCAUAAGGUGGCUUAGUCCCUGCAUGGGUAGUACAUAUGAUUUAGCCGACAUACUUGCAGUAUUUUAUCAAAACUUAAAGAAUACCAACAAUAUACUCGAAUAAUAUUAGAACACGAAAAAUCAUUGCUAAAAAAAUAUUUCAGCAUGAAGAUCCAUAAAAUAUUACCGCCCCACAAGCACACAAAAGAGCAAUGUUGGCAGUUAGUUAAUUGAAAUGAGGGUUGCAAUCACAGAACUGGAAAAUAAGUCCAAUUACAGAGGCUAUAUCCGUUGUAAUAAAUCAACAUCAUCAACCAGCUAUUCACCAACAAACGGACACAACCAUUUGAUUAAGGUGAUAAAUCUUCACUUCAAAGAAUCAAAUUAGCAGCAGUUGCAUACACUUUAAUCGUUUAAUCGAUAAUCUAAUCUGGUUGAGAUUCUAUUUAGCAAGGUAAAUAGACUAGAUCUAUUGUGAUUUUGUGGUAUCAGGAAACUACCUUCUUAUUCAACUUCAUUGCUUCACUAUUUGUUCGAACAUAAUGACGAAAAUUAAACUUUCGCCAAGUAAGACAGCAGCUGUACAUUAAUCAUCCAUUUUCUGAUACAAAAUCCUUAAAAGAUCACUUUUCACAUGUCCAAUUAAACCUCCUGCAGGCAAAUUUGUGGAGAUUAUGGGGGAAAUAAAAUCUCUUACGAUGUUCGAACCAAAACAAACUUCUCCCCGUAAUUGAAAUUGUGGCCUUACAUUAGUGUCUCUGGUCCUUUAAAAUACGGACAUGGAAAGAAGCAAAAGCAAGUGCUCCCUAACUAAGAAGCGAUAGCCAAGGAAUUAGUUUACGCCAUCAAAUGGCAAAUAGAUAAUGCGCCCAUUAUACUUGGAAAUAAAGUUUGUUGUGGUACAGGAUAAGGUUAUUUGUGGUUCCGAUUUUGGAUUUUAACUUAUCGAGUCGGAGGGAAAAAUUGAUCACCAAUGCAACAUUCAAAGAUGAUUAUGAGUGAAGUGGACAAGAGUUUUUAUCUGAGUUGUAUAAAAUGGAGAUAUUUGUUCUCUAAGCAAGAUAUUGAGUUCAAAUCCCAAAAGAAACUAUCAUGUGAGAAUAAACUAGGAGUUUAUUAGGUUUAGUAUUUGUUUUCUAACAUUUCCUGUAAUAUUUGCGUGUUCCAACUAAUAGGAAUAAACCUAAAAUCUCCUGGAAAAGUGGGGAGCUCAAUUUUUCCAAUGUUUGUGUUUCUGCCAAUAGAACUUCAAGUAUAUGAUGCAGAUAGGCUCUUGUCCAUGCUGAAACUCCAGAAUAUUUCUGCAAAUUAGUGUACAGAACAAUGCCCCCAUACCGCGGGAAAACUUUCCUUCUGUCGUGUUUUCUUUUUUGAGUUAAACGAAACAAGUAUUAAAGGGCCUGAGCACAUAACCAUGCAUAAACUGCAAAUAACCAAAAAAUAAAAAUAAAAAACAAUGAAACACCACAUUGAUUAAUAAUAAGGUUUUCGCAUCGGUCAUAAGUUAGUUCUAGCUGUGGAACGAUGUUUUCAUUGCAAGCACAUUGUGUAAAACACGAAGUACUAGCGCUUAAAAGUAAGGUACAGCAUAAAUUCAAUUAUCAAUAAUUUUGCAACAUAUGAGAUAUCCCUUUGAUCAUAAUAUAUUAGGGUUAGAAGUUAAAGUUGUUAGGUUGUCUGGGUCGCGGCUAGCAAUGAGGGAUGAAUGCAGCCUUGGCUCGUGGUUAAUUGAAUGUUUGACAUAAAUCGUAACAUUUUACUCAUAACCUGGCCCGUAGAGUAAAGUUCUUCAAAGAAUUUUCUUCUAAGGAAUAGCCACAAAUUAUAUCACUGCUUUCUCACUUAGUCCCGGGCAAAUUAGACACUUGCCAGUUGUAGCCUCGAUUGAAUAGUUUGUUUUUAAACUUCCGGAUGACAGGCUAUCUACUGUAACAUAAAGCCAUCACGCAAACUACCACCAUCACUAUUAACAUUACUAACCCGCCUUGACUGCAUAUGAACACCUUCGAUUCCGUAACCAUCAUAUCACGUCAUUAACCAAAAGUACCAAACCUGCGGAGUUAUUAUCUACCUAUACCAUUUGAGAAGGUGAUUUAAAUUAUGAAACAGGUCAACUAUUGCAUAGGUUUUUGUUAAAAGCCAGGGCAAUCUUUAUCAUGGCGUUAAAAUUCUGUCAAUGUUCGCUUUGUUCAGCUUGGCAAAUCUAUUGAUAUCUUAAAAAGGAGAAAUU